GUGAAGUCAAGUGAAGUGAAUUGAACUGAAGUCAGAAAUGGAGAAGAUAUUGAUCGCAUUGUUGGUGAUUGCACUCGCUGCCACCUAUCCAAAUGUUGUUCAGUGUGACAAGGGUGACGCUGCCGCCGCCGCCGCACCCAGUGGUGGAGCAGACGCAGCUAAAGCUGGUGCUGCUGCUGCCGCUCCUGCCGCUGCUCCAGCAGCCCCCGCUGGUAAGAAGGACGCUUCUUCCAAGAAGGCUGCAGCCCCAGCCGCCCCCGCCAAACCACCAAGUGCACCAGUGAAGAAGCCAUCAGCUGGAAGUAAAUCACCGUCGAAGCCAUAUCAUCGUUACCGUGCACCGAAUGCAGGAAAGCCUAGAAGAGACUGGAGAUCUCGAUAUGGUAUGAAGUAACUCUGAGUGAAGGAAGAUAUUCUGAGGUUAAUGCAUGCAUGCAUGCAUGCACUGAUGACAUGCAGUCAAUUGUAAGCUAUUCGUUGCUGACGAUUAUCUUACUGUUAACUGAUUACUGAAUAAACUUUUCACAUCAAAC